AUGUUUUCAUCCCAGCAAACUGAAAAUAUAUUUUGGUGGGACAUUCAAUACACUUUAAAUGAAACUACUUUAACAUCACUUAUUUUUACAUGGGAUCGUAAAUGUCGCUAUUGCUUAACUAUGUUACUUACGGGAGAACUUUUAGAUUUUUGCUGUAAUCAUGGAAAGCGUAUUAUACCACGCUUACUACCUUAUCCAACAAGUAUUAACAAUAUUACGAAGAACUCUAAUAUUAGCACUCUUUCACGAAAACUUAAUGCACUUUUUUCAUUCAUAGCAAUAGGCGCACAAGGACAAUUCGUAAACCUCCCAGUGCUAUCUUCAAGAUUCCAGAAUGAAUCCUCUUCUAAUGCGAUACUCAAAUUACUUGAAAAUACAUCUAUAGGGGAAGUAGCUACUAUUAUAUAUGCAAAUAAUGCAGUAAAUAUUUAUCCACGUAGCAUCACUAUUUGGCGCCGCGAAGAUACUAUGCCUAAAUUCAUCAACAUACUUAGUACACAAUAUGAACCACUGCAAUAUCCAUUACUCUUUUUGCAUGCAACACAAGAAACAACUAAUAUAAUAUUUGAAGAUUAUGAAGAUGAGGCCACUGAAAAUGAAGAAGGCAAUCUGCAUCUUCCUGCAUUCUUUCUAGGAUCAAAAAGGUGGUGCUCUUUACGCGUUGCAAAUGCUCUGGCUCUAGCUCGCUGCUGGGGAAAACCAAGCUUUUUUAUAACAAUGACUACCAAUCCAAAUUGGGAAGAAAUCAAGUCACAAUUACGACCUAGUCAAAAUGCUUUAGAAAUUGCUCCAAUAAUUGUUUGUGCAUUUCAUUCACGGUUUGAAAAAUUGAAAGAAUUAUUGAAGACCUAUUUUGGCCAGAUCAUUUAUAUUGUUGAUGUUAUUGAAUUCCAAAAAUAUGGAUUUCUACAUGCCCAUGUUGUAGUGCGUGUACAUCCAGAGCUUUCUAUAAAUCAAAUAGAUAAAAUUAUAUCAGUAGAACUACUGAAUAAUAAUUCACAGUUGAAAGAAUUGGUUGAAAAAUAUAUGAUAUAUAAAUCUCAACAUUCAUCUCAAUGUCUUCGUAAUAACAAAUGUAUAUAUGGAUACCCAAAACCCAUAAUUUUGGAAACAUAUAUUGAUGAAAAGGGUCCUGAUUAUGUAAAAUAUAAUAUAAAUAUUGUAACUACAAAAAAUUCUAACUCACAAGAUUAUGAAACAACAAAUAAUGCGAAUUCAACUCUAAAUGAAAAUAAUUUAUCAACGAAACAACAAUUUAUAAACAAUUUCAAAGAUUACAUCAAUAGAAGAUAUUUAUCUGCACCAAAAGCUGCUUAG